AUGGCUCCCACGCCCCCUACACCACAGCCGCCGCCCCCUCCGGGCUUCUUCGAGUGGCGCGACGCCAUGGCCGCCGCCGCUGCCGCAAAACCAUCCACCUCCACCACACCCCCUCCUACCACCACCACCACCAUCAACUUCGCCGAUACAAUCUCCGAUGUCACCCCAUUGAUCCCCAUCACUUUAGAUCUCCCCAAGCAUAACUACUAUCAUUGGCGUCAUCUUUUUGAGGUACACUUGGGACGCUGCAAUCUCAUGGCGCAUGUCGAUCUCAGCGUCCCUCCUUCUCCCUCGGAUCCUCGCUGGGUCAAGGAUGAUCUCGCUGUGAUACAAUGGAUCUACCAGCGGGUGAGCACCGAGAUUUUCAAUUUGGUCUUCAGGGCUGCCACCAGCGCCGCCUCCCUUUGGGCAGCCCUCCGUCAGCUAUUUCAGGACAACAUCGACGCCCGUGUAAACAUGCUCAACACGGAGCUCCGGAACUCCUUCCAGGGCGACUCUCCCGUGGGGAUCUACUGUCAGCGCCUCCAGACCAUUGCCGAUGAACUGCGUGAACUUGGCGACCCCAUAGAGGACAAGCAGCUCAUCAAGAUCCUGCUCGUCGGCCUCAGCGAGCGCUUCGACAAGCAGCAGUCUUUUAUCCCUAUGAUGCGGCCUCCACCUACCUUUGCUGAGGUCCGCUCCAUGCUCUCCUGGGCGGAUCGCACCAUCGCCACCAAAGAUGCCUGCUCCAGCGCCUCCACCCCCUGCACAUGUUCCUCCGCCUGGGUGGAGGCCUAG